AUGUAAACACUUGAUUCAACAGUGAAAUGGUUCAACAAGACUGAAGGCAGAGAUAAGAUAUGCAAAGUUCUGCAAUACGGAUCCAGAUUUUUAAUGUGGCACUUAAAGACAAACAGUGGAAAUGAACAAUUGUCCAAUCAAUUUAAGAAUUUAUUUUAAAGCACAAGAGAUGCCAGAAAAUUAUUCAGAUUAGCUAAGUCUCUGAAUGAAUUGUAAACUAUAAUUGAUAAAUUUGGAUAAAAUUGCAAGAAUCCUCAAGAGUAAGUCGCCAAGGCAUUAAACAUUUUAACCAGAGUUUGGUUUUUGUUAUAUUGGUUAUUUGAUAACUUGAGUGUGUUGUCAUCUAUCAAGUUCACCACUAGCGACCCAAAGCCAUUGCAAAAAAAAGCAAUGACAUUUUGGUUCAUUGCAAUUCUAACAAACCUGGUUGACACUAUUAGAUAAUUAGUUGUCAACUUCUAAUAUAUCUAACAAAAUAAAUCUAAUCAAAGUGCUCAACAAUAAGUCUAAAAUAAAAAAAACCAAAACAUAGCCCUUUACCUAAACCUGAUCAAGAUAUUCGGAGAUUUGAUGCCAGCUGGUUAAGGGUCAGAGUUUUUCCCCAAAGUCUUAAAAAUCAACCUUAACGAUGGAGUUAUAGGCCUUGGAGGUCUCAUAUCAGGAGCUAUAGCAGCUUAUUAAGCAUAUUGAUUAAUAUACAGAAUCAUAUAUUAUAAAUAUCAUCAUUUAACAACCCUCAA